AUGCUGCGGCCAGCAACGCCGCUAGCGAUAUUGCUGUUCAUAGCAUUCGCCUUGUUGCUCAUCUCUGUUCUCUCUACGCCAAUCAUCAAGGCUAUCCCUCUUGGUGUCUACAAACCCGAUGAUGGCGUUGUCAACUUUGGAGUCUUUGGGUACUGUAAAGGAAAUGACUGUAGUCCAAUCGAGAUAGGUUAUGACACCUCAAUCUUGGCUCCUCAGGACCGUACUCAGUCUGACGACUUCGAUCUCGACACCAAAACCCGUUCUACGUUGUCCGCUAUUCUCAUAGUUCAUCCCGUGGCUGCGUUGUUUACGCUCAUCAUGUUCAUCAUGGCAGUAGUGGCUCAUUUGCAUUCACCUUCUCAUUCGUCGCGCUACCUGUGCGGCCUUUUCAUUUUCGGAAUUCUCACCUUUCUUGUCUGUCUCCUAGCCUUUCUCAUUGACGUCCUUCUAUUCGUACCCCAUUUGGCAUGGGGAUCUUGGUUGGUACUUGCCGCUACGAUUUUGGUUUUCUUGAGUUUUAUUGUGUCUUGUGCUAUGCGCCGCACUCUCGUUGGUAGGAAAGCGCGCAAGAAGCGGAUUGCGGAGAAUGCUGAGAUGAGUGGUGAAAACUAUUAUAAUCGCCAGGCCCAGCAAGAAGCCACCUCUGCUGCUGGUUCCAGUUUUCAGCCUACUGUUCCAAGCGUUAGCGGAGCCAACGGGCCUGCUGAUGGGUUGCCUACCUUUGCAGCAUAUGAGAAAAGGGACGAUCGCAGCAGUGAUGAGAGAAUUCCGUUGACAGCUCAUACACCAUCUGAAAGGUCUCCAAACACUGCACCUAAUGAUACAAGCGUGUCAGAUCUUUCAAACACCCGCCGUUCAUUUUCCGGGUCAACGCCAGCGUUACCGACCGACCAGUAUGGGAAUGGAUUAGCGCCGGCUCCUGCUCCCGAUGCAUGGGGCAUGCGAAGAGGACCUUCGAUGGAGCGCAUGGAUGGUAGAGGACGUGGUGGUUAUAGGGGAAGAGGCGGUAACGGAAGAGGAGCAUAUGGUGGCGGCUAUGGCCCCCCACCGCCGAAUGGAAGAGGCGGGUAUGGUGGUCCACCAGGUGGAAGAGGGGCAUACGGUCCUCCCGGCCGUGGCGGAUAUGGACCAGGGCCGAAUGGAAGGGGUGGUUAUGGUCCGCGUGGAGCUUAUAGCGGUGGUAUGCGAAGUGGAAGAACACCACCACCUGGCUAUGCCGGCGGAGCGCCAUAUGAUGGGAGGAUGCCUCCCCUUCCCCCUCCCCCUCCCGGCGUUUAUGGGGCUUAUGGAUCUGCGCGACAAGCAUCACCAGGGCCUGCUGGAGCGCCAUAUGACGACAAUCCCUCAAUGCCUAGUGUAUCUACGGGUGUCACAAACACAGGUGGCUAUCAGCCUUACCGCCCAGAUAACGCCGAUGAUUUACCACGUGCUGAAUCACCGCCACCUCUGCCCAAUUCCGACCUCACAACAAUAGGACCUGUGGGUCAAGCUGUAGAAAUGGACGCUAGAACUGGUAGCCCUGCUCACCCGCCGACGGGAUUUGGUCAAUUUGACAACCGCAUAAGAGAUAGCGACACUGAUGUUGCUGGUAUGCUCGCUUUGCAGGAGGCUAGAACAUCGACAGCUCAACGACAUGAUACUGUCAUGAGUGACGCGAGCAAAUAUAGUCAAGACGAGGGGUAUGUCCCUCCACGACAGGCUUGGAAUCAAGGGCCCGGUCGCGGUUCCCCAGGCGUUCCAUCUCCUCUCCGGGUACCACCACCCCCUCAAGAGGCCAAUGGUGAGACCAAGUCACCUGCGCCAGCGAAUGGAGGUUAUUACGAGGAUAUAGAUCCACGCUUCGCUGAGCCGCCCUCAAGAGUUCAACAGCCCAUACAAGAGGGACCUACGAAUUUGGAAGAUCCUCAUCUUGCUGCCGGUGCACGGAGCCCUACAAUAUCUGAGCGAUCGGGAUUCACUUCGGUCUCGCAACGAGGCGUAAACCCUCGUUGGAACCCUCCUCCCGGGCAAGUUUACAGCCAGCAAAUCCCUCCACGAAGACCAGUCAAUCGCAAUGACGUUAAUAUUCUCAACAAUAACCCAGAUUUCCAACUGCCGGGCCGCCGCGGUGGGUCACGCAGCCCCGCCAGAGGAGCUGUUGGAGCAGGCAUGAUACCUGGGAGUGCUUAUCCAGCCGUAUAA